UGUUGUGAUAAACUUAUUAAAUAGAUAAAGUUGAAAGACCAAAAAGGCAGGGUCAAAAUGUUUUGGGGUCUUGUAAUUGAGCCAAAUAAACAGUACAAACAACUAGUUGAGUCGCCUUUCCAUGUAUCCAAAGCCUGUGCAAUAGACAAAAUUGUUCCAGGCAUUCGUCCGGGGAUCUGGGUGGUACUGCGGCAUGCUAAACAGGAUUUUCAUCUAUGCCAUCUAAAUUCAGACGAACACCAGCAGAAUCUCAACCUCACUUUCUCCAGAGGAGAACACAUUGAGUUCUUGAUUGAGUCAGACGACCAUAACCCAGAUAUUUCAAUCGAAGGCCUUCAGGUGUGUCUCACUGGCUACUACAUGAACGAACAAAGUCAACAUUUAAAUCCAGCUUCAUUCAAAAUCAAUGGCGCACUUUGCAAUGGUCAUGCAGAUCAAUGCGAGGAGGCGGAGAAUGAAAUCAUCAGCAUCAAGAAGCGCAACAUGUACCAAAUGGAUGCAGAAGAAGAAGAAGGGGAGGAGGCGGAAUUAGUGGUCUCGAGAAGUAAAGUGGCCAAAACAGAAGCCGACUCUUCCAAUGCAGUCACUGUGUCUCAAUUGAUGGGCAACCUCUCCAAGGUACCAGAUGACGAUGAUGAGGAUGAGGACUUCAAUGCGUCUGGAUUGGACGAGGAUGUGGAUGAUGAUGAUGAUGAUGACGAUGACGAGGAAGUUGACGCAGAGGAUGAGGACGAAGAUGAAAUGACGGAAGAAAUCCAAGAAGACGAGCUAGCUGGUCUGCACGAAGAUGCCAACAUGAGUCUCACUGAUCUGGCCAAGCCUCGGCCGCCUAUGUCCACAGCAGACCACGAGGAGCAACAGCAGGAACCGACUUCCUCAUCUUCAUCAUCUAGUGGCAAGAGACCCAAGAACAAAAGAUCAAAUCAGAACAACUGAUCUGAGCUGAACUGAACUUCUGACCCAAAUGAAUGUUAGCACUGCUGAAAAACUAAUCAUGAACUCUUUUGCUGUGUGUAUUUUAGUUUGUCUAAAUUAAAUGAAUCAAAUCA